UGAACCGGUGGUAACACCAAAAAAAAAAAAAAAAAAAAAAAACCCUCUGCAAAAGCGAGUCCUUUAAUUUUCUAGGGCUCUGUCUGAUUCCAGAACAACAACCGAAAGUACCAAAGAACAAUCCAGUAUCAACAAUGGUGUGCGAAAAGUGUGAGAAGAAAUUAGCGAAAGUCAUAGUUCCAGAUAAGUGGAAAGCGGGCGCAAGCAACACCAACGAAAGCGGUGGCCGCAAGAUCAAUGAAAACAAGCUCCUUUCCAAGAAAAACAGAUGGACACCUUAUGGAAACACAAAAUGCAUCAUUUGCAAGCAGCAAGUACACCAGGAUGGCAAGUACUGUCAUACUUGUGCCUAUAGUAAAGGUGUAUGUGCAAUGUGCGGUAAACAAGUGCUGGAUACCAAGUUUUACAAGCAAAGUAAUGUAUGACGCUUUUUGGAUUCAUCUUGGAGUCAUAUUCUGAGCUCUCUCUCAGCUCAUCUCUGUUAUCUGGUUAUCUGUUAUCUUGAUCAUCGAUGCAAAAAAAUGCAUGUGUAUAUGUACUAUUAACUAAUUUUCUGUUGUGAGAAGCUGAUCAAAUAACUGAUGUCUAAUUCAAAAUACAAACAGUGUAUGAUGCUACUAAUAGAAUUUUACUUGGGAUUACAUCAUUACUUACAUAAACUAAUUCUUGAAUGGUGGAUUAUGAAUUAUCGCGACUUAAAAAAGAUUAGUCUGGUUCUCUUUUUUCUCAUCUA